AUGAAGACUUCAUCUGUGUCUCUGCUCCUCGUCUCUCUGACCAUCAGUCCAAACCUUCAGCAGUUCUUCACAGCAGCCUCAGUGUCUCUGACAUGUGAAGGUCAGCUGGGCUCUGAUGGAUGGACGGUGAAGAGGGACACAGGAAGUGCGACUGAGUCAUGUGGAGCAGGUGGGCGGGGCUUCGGGAAAUUCAAUGGUUCAUCCUGUUUGUUUGAUGAGUUCAAGCCAGUCAGUGGAGUUUACUGGUGUGAAGGUGAAGCUGGAGAGAAGAGUGAAGAAGUCAACAUCACUGUAUCAGAUAAACAUGUGAUCCUGGAGAUCCCUGCACUUCCUGUGAGGACAGGAAGUGAUGUCACACUAUGCUGUAAGAAGAAAACUGGUGGCACAGUCGCAGCUUAUUUCUACUGUAAUGGACGUCUUGUUAGACCUAAAUCAGAGAAAAACAUCACCAUUAACGUGCAGCAGUCUGAUGAAGGUCUCUACUGGUGUGCUACUGAUGAGUUUGGAUCAUCUCCUCAGAGCUUUCUGAGGGUCAGAGAUCCUACUACACCAACACCAACAACAACAAAAACAUCAGCAAACAUCCAUAUCUCCUGUUCUCCUCCUCCUCUUCCUAAUCCCUCCUUCAUCACCCCAGUCAUAGUUACUGUAGGUUCUCUGGUCCUUGUGUCGGAGCACACCCUUCACUCCCCAAUAUUUAAAUAUGGGAACCACUACCCGAGUCUUAGAGUCAAGGGCCCCAGAUAUGCAACGUUGCAAAGGCCUGUCAACCGAGUGAGCCCUACAACAUCGAGAGCCUUCAGGAACUCGGAGUGA